CUGUAAGGAAAACGAUACCCUCACGAAGAUGCUGAGGUUUGGUGUUCCGACGACGACGACCACCACCACCACCAACGGCACCUCCUCAACCGCUGUAAUCGCCAGUGCCUCUCCGACGACAUAUUCUCACAUUUCUUUUACUGUUUCUCCGUUGUCUGAUUCUCAGAGAAGUAGCUUUUGUUGCUUUCAGCAGAUUUUAAGUUAUCCAUCGCGCUUGAAUUGUUAUCGAAACAAGGCAAUGGCAGAAGCUGCAGAAUCCAUGGCUGGCUCUAUCGCUUCUCCGUCUGGAAGCAAGCAGGCAUUAAUUUCAUUGUCAGACAAGAAGGAUCUGGAUAUUCUUGGCACCGGACUUCAAGAAUUGGGAUAUACAAUUGUGUCAACUGGAGGAACAGCAUCCGCUCUGGAGAAAGCUGGAGUUUCUGUAACGAAAGUAGAAGAGCUUACUCAGUUCCCUGAAAUGCUUGAUGGUCGUGUAAAAACUUUACAUCCUAAUAUACAUGGAGGUAUUCUUGCCAGAAGAGACCAAAGGCAUCACCUGGAAGCUCUAGACAAGCACAACAUCAGUACAUUUGAGGUGGUAGUGGUAAAUUUAUAUCCCUUCUAUGCAAAGGUUACUUCUUCCAAUGGGAUUACAUUUGAUGAUGGAAUUGAGAACAUCGAUAUCGGUGGCCCUACAAUGAUAAGAGCUGCAGCAAAGAAUCACAAAGAUGUCUUGGUUGUGGUUGACUCGCAAGACUACCUUAUGCUUCUAGAAUUCCUCAAAGGGAACAAGGAUGACCAACAAUUUAGAAGGAUGCUCGCCUGGAAAGCUUUCCAACACGUUGCUUCUUAUGAUUCUGCUGUUUCUGAGUGGUUGUGGAAGCAGACUAAAGGAGAUGAAUUUCCACCAAGCUUUACUGUGCCGCUUUCGCUCAAGAGUUCACUUCGUUAUGGCGAAAAUCCUCAUCAGAAGGCUGCAUUUUACGCCGACAGCAGAUUGUCUGAGGUUAAUGGUGGUGGUAUUGCAACAGCUAUUCAACACCAUGGGAAGGAAAUGUCAUAUAACAAUUAUUUGGACACUGAUGCAGCUUGGAACUGCGUUUGUGAGUUUGAUAAGCCUACUUGUGUUGUCGUAAAGCAUACAAACCCAUGUGGGGUAGCUUCACGUGAUGAUCUGAUUGAAGCGUAUAGGUUAGCUGUGAAAGCAGAUCCAGUGAGUGCAUUUGGUGGUAUAGUAGCCUUCAACAAAGAAGUCGAUGAGGCUCUUGCUAGGGAUAUCCGAGAAUUCAGAAGCCCAACAGAUGGUGAAACUCGAAUGUUCUAUGAGAUUGUUGUUGCUCCCAGCUACAGUGAAAAGGGUCUCGAGAUCCUUCGUGGAAAGUCGAAGACGUUGAGAAUUCUUGAAGCAAAGAAAAAUAGCAGAGGGAAGCUUUCACUUAGACAAGUAGGUGGUGGUUGGUUAGCUCAGGAUUCAGACGAUCUAACACCAGAAGAAAUUAAAUUUGAUGUAGUUUCUAAGAAGGCUCCCGAAGAGAGUGAGCUUGAUGAUGCAAAAUUUGCAUGGUUGUGUGUGAAGCACGUCAAAAGCAACGCCAUUGUAAUUGCAAAGAACAACUGUAUGUUAGGUAUGGGAAGUGGGCAACCGAAUCGUUUGGAGAGUUUGAGAAUAGCUAUGAGGAAAGCCGGGGAUGAGGUCAAAGGAGCCGCUUUGGCUAGUGAUGCAUUCUUCCCAUUUGCCUGGAAAGAUGCAGUGGAGGAAGCAUGUGAAAGCGGGAUCGGUGUUAUUGCCGAGCCCGGGGGAAGCAUAAGAGACGGCGAUGCAAUCGACUGCUGUAACAAAUACAACGUUUCGCUUGUGUUCACGGGCGUGAGGCACUUCCGUCACUGAGUAUAAAAAGCCAAUAAAUUGUGUAUUUACUUAUCAUAAAAGCUUUUGGAAAUAUCUGAUGUUUCAAGAGCUGUUUUAAGCUCCAUGAGCUGAUGUACCACUACCAUAAUCUGGAGUUUCUCAAUCUCAUGACUUUUUUUUAACUUAA